AUGAAGAGCAAGAGAGUUAUCAGUGAAGAGCCAUCUUACUCAGUGGGUGGUUUGGGUGAUGAGGACUUCAACAUCCCACCCAUCACUCCCCCCACCCUGCCAGACCACAUGCUACCCCCCCACCUCCCCCAUGAGUCCUCUGGACCGUACCACACUCUGGACCGCCCUCCUAACUCUGCUCCACACCACCCCUAUCAGAUGCAGGGCAUGGAUCUGCCUGGCAUGCCUGGUAGCCAAGAUGGAGCUGCUAUGUUGAACCAAGAUGGUGGCACAUUCAGCCCAGGUGGUGGCCCAAUGACCAGCACACUAUCUGUGAUGCAGCAGAUGGUGAACUCUGAUUCUCGGUUUACCAGCAGCCAGCAGCCAAUUGAAGCGGCCCUUGGGCCUCGGGGCCAGUCAGGCUUGAGCCAACAAAGUCAGUUGUCCACCAUCAACCAAUCCCAGCUGGGGCUAAGUGGGAACUCUGUUAACCAUAAUUCUCCUUCAUCUCCUGGAAGUAAAUCUGCCACACCGUCUCCUUCCAGUUCAGCACACGAGGAGGAGAACGAUGAUGGACUCAGGCAUGGCAGUGGAGCAGAGAAGCGGCCAGCAACAGUGGAAAUGUCUAAGAAACCCAAAACGCCAAAGAAGAAGAAGCGAAAGGACCCCAAUGAGCCAGUGAAACCUGUGUCUGCCUAUGCGUUGUUCUUCAGAGACACCCAGGCCAACAUCAAGGCACAGAAUCCCAAUGCCACCUUUGGUGAGGUGUCAAAGAUUGUGGCCUCCAUGUGGGACGGCCUGGGAGAAGAACAGAAACAGGUGUACAAGAAGAAGACAGAGACUGCUAAGAAGGAUUAUCUGAAACAACUGGCUGCCUACAGAGCCAGCCUGGUCUCACAGACUUACAGUGACCCACCGGAAAUGAAGCCGCCCCUUUCCUCCUCCUCGCCUUCUUCUUCCUCCUCUGCCUCAGUGUUUACACCCAAACCUUCUGUCUACCCUGGUCACCCAGGUCAGCACUCCCCCAGCCACUCUCACCCUCGCCCACCCCCUCAGCAUCUAGGCAUGUACAGGCCGUACCCUCACCCGCAACAUCCUUCCCAUACCUCAAACCCUAGCCUCGGCCCCCAUCUGCCCCCUCCCCACACCCAGAUCCACCCCCAGCUCCAGGCUCUGUCCUCCCGAGAGACCGUGCCACGGCCUGCUAUCCCCCACCAAAGAGCUCUGACCCUGAGCAAUGUGGCAGCAGCGUCCACCCCUCCUCUUCAGAUCAGCCCCCCCCUCCACAGCCAGGCACACUUGGGAGGAUUGCACAAUUCACACCAUCAGCACCAGCAACUCAGUGUACAUUCACUGGGAAUGACACACUCCCCUGGCAUCACACAGGGCUACCCUUCCUCCCUCCAGUCUGAGUACCAGCCAGUGGGAGGGGCUAUGCUUAACAGUGGAGCAGUGAUGUCAGCACCUGUGGACUACCACCAGCUGGGUCGACACACACCAAACCACCACCCCUCUCUGGACUGGAGCAUUGAUUACCAUGGCAAUGGAGGUCUUCAGAGAGACAAACCUCUGUAUCUGAGCUAAUCUCAGUUGAAAAUGCCAUCAAGCCUUUACCAAGCCCUUGUACUGACACACCAUGGAAACCUCCAGGCCAAGCCUAGUCUGACUUUAACCCAAGGAGGACUCAGCCAACCAGGAGAUCACCUUAACCUGAAGUGAACUUCACUUUGCAUUCUACAAAAACCUAAGCAAUUUAGUGCAUAUUAAUACCCUGCCUGUUCUGAAGGACAGCAGGACAGUGUUAUGACCUGAUAACAUCUGUUAUUAGUAGCAUUUUUCUACUGCUCAGCUACUGCUAUGGCAUGAAUAGAAACUGUUUCCUAGUGAGGAGAGCUGAGCAGGCCCUGUGCUACGAUUCAUGCUAAUAAGUGUAUAUACUCCAAAAGGGACAUUAUGUCCAGAUUCCCAUUUGGCCCAACAAUUCUAUUUCUGGUUUCUCAUUUGGUAAAGAUGGUGUUUACCAUCAUUUCCAAAAGGCUCUGGAGAGCAGGUGUACUGUAACAUAAUUAUUUGAGCUGCCAGUACCUGAUGCUUUUUUAUUUCAACUCAUAAUCAGUGUAUCCUUCUACAACCCAAGCAGAGGAGCACAGCUCACAAAGGAAGGGUUCAUAACCAAACAGAUUGUCACAAAUUGUGUUUCCCUGAUGUGUCUUUUAUUAUGUGAAUAUAAGCCUUCAGUCUGAUGCAGCAGCAUGAGUUGAAUUCCAACACACGAUGAUGUGUUUGUGAACAGAACGCAGUGUUGUUGAACAACACAGUGAGAAAGACUGAAUUCACACUGUGUUGGUCAGUUAAGGAGGUGGAACUGCACCUGUAGCUGUUUUUUUUUUAACCAGAUGCCAACUGUGAAUAAUUAUGUACAAUUAAAGAACUUUCAUUGUUCUCUUGCAGUGAGGCUCAGAUCAGUAGGAUAGAAAUCCAAUGUAUUUUAGACCCUAAAAUAAUGAAAUGUGAAAAAACUCUUAAAUAAAAAUACUCCUUUGUAUAAUGACAGCUCAUCUUCCUGGCAUAUGUAUGUUGAUAAUGUUAAUUUGGAUCCAAAUUCUGUGUGUGUGUGUGUGUGUGUGUGUGAUUGAUUGGGUCACAUGGUCUGUUUUGUCACUUCUAUUUCUCUGUGUUCAGAAGAUAUUUAAGGAACUAUUACUGUCACUGGGUUAUUUUCUGUUUUUUCAUCAAAUCAAGUUUUGUUUUAGUAUUAAUGAUCAUGAUGAGAGACAUAUCUCUCUCAAACUGUAUCUCUUUGUAUUUAAGUGUUUUGGCAGAUGAAAAGACUGGGCAACAACAACCAUGAAGAUUUUCUUAUUUUUAGAUUUUAAUAAUGUAUUUGAGAAUAAAG